AUGAAACUUUCUUCGAAUAUAGAGUCAUACAAAAAGAAAAAAAAAAAAAUAGAAAACUUUAGCAAUAGAGAAACUCAAAAAAAUGCAGCAAUAAAACGGAAGAAUUUGAAAAAUGAGAAAAAAAUUAAUCACGUUGUAAAGGAUUCUUCUGUAAAUAAAAUCUUAAAAAAAAACAUAAAUCCUGUAACAAAUGUUUUAAAUUUAAUAGAGAAAAAAAAAAUCCAAAAAAAAAAAAUUAUAAAACCCAAUUCAAGCACGGGAUUACAUUUAAAAAAUAAUAAUAUAGAAAAAAAAGAAAUAGAAAUUAAUACAAAUGGAGAUUUAGAGAAUGAAGAAGUAUACAAUGAUGAUGAUAAAAUAAAUGAUAUUGAUCAAAAUAAAAUUCUCCUAGUCAAAAAAUUACAAGAAAUAGAAUUAAAAUCAAAUAGUCCUAAUGAUUGGUUAGAGAAAUUAGACAUUACCAGUUCAGAACAUUUUCAUAUGAAAAAAAUUAAUUUAUUUGGUAAUUGCGAAAAAAGAGAAGAGGAAUUUUUACAAAUAGCUCAUAAAAAUAUCAUUGAAGCAUUAAAAAAAAUACAAGACUUGAACAUUUCAUUUAAUAGGCCGUAUGAUUUUUUAGCCGAUAUGAUAAAAAGUGAUGUACAUAUGGAAAAGGUACGACAAAAAAUAUUGAAAGAUCAUGAAAAGUUGGAAAUAAAAGAAAAAAACAAAUUAAAAAGAAUAAAUAAAAAGUUUAAUAAAAAAUAUGGAUCACUUAAAGUACAACGACAAAAAGAGGCUUCACAAAAGAAAACAAAUUUAGAAAAACUUGAUGAAUUAAAAAAAAGUAAUAACUUAGAAAAUUUAAACGUACAAGAAUUUUUCUUAAAGCAUUCAAAAUCUAAUGAUAAAAGCAACAACAGAAAAAGUAAAAAUAUUAAGGUUAAUCAAAAAUUAGCUAAGAACCAUUUUUCCAAAAAAAAAAACAAAAACGAAUUUCCAAAAAAAUUUAAAAAUAAAAAGAGUAAGAAAAAAAUUAGAAAAAAAAAAUAA